CAUCACAACAUCCUCCUCACCAGAGCUGACUACCCCCUCAGCCGCAGUUCCGCUCACUUAAAGCUGCUCUUCUCUUCCUCAAUUCCGCCGUCCAGCGUUCUGUUCUCUCCCAGCUCCUCUUGAGAUCCCUUCGCGAUGUCUGCCACCGAUCAAGCUAUCCUGGAGACUUCCGCCAAGUUCCCGCCAGCUGCAGGCACCAAGUACGAGUAUGGCACGGCAGGAUUCCGCAUGAAAUCCGAGCUCCUCGACUCUGUCGUCUUCAGAUGUGGCCUUAUUGCCGCUUUGCGGUCGCAAUCCCUGGGCGGACAGACAAUUGGACUCAUGAUUACUGCGUCUCACAAUCCCCCGGCGGACAAUGGAGUGAAGCUAGUCGAGCCAUCCGGCGCUAUGCUGAAAAAUGAGUGGGAAGCAUACUGCACGACUCUUGCCAACGCAGACAGCGACGAAACUAUGUUGGAGGAAUACAAGAAGCUCCAGGCGAAGCUUAAAAUCGACUCUGCCAUUCUUGCUCGCGUGGUAUUCGCCCGUGAUACCCGCGCCUCAGGCUCCCGCCUCGUCGGAUGCCUCGUUGCCUCUCUCAAGGCCAUUGGAGCUGAAUAUACCGACUGCAAGAUCUUGACGACCCCCCAGCUGCACUACAUGGUCCGCAGCAUCAACACUGAAGGGACCGCGGAAGCCUAUGGCGAGCCCUCGGAGCAAGGAUACUACAAGAAGUUCUCAGACGCCUUCAAGCGUGCUCUUGGAAACAAGAAACCAAUUGGAGGAUUGACAGUGGACUGUGCCAAUGGUGUUGGAGGUCCGAAGUUGAAGGAGCUGAUCAAAUAUCUUCCAAAGGGAGCGUUGGACAUCACUGUCGUGAACGACAACGUGCACCAGCCGGACAGCCUGAACGUUGAGUGCGGAGCGGACUAUGUCAAGACCAGCCAGCGUGCUCCCCCAUCUUCCAAGGUUGGACCUAGCGACAGAUGCUGCUCCCUGGAUGGAGAUGCCGACCGCGUCGUCUACUACUUCAAGCAAGCCAACAGUGCCUUUGCUCUUCUGGAUGGCGACCGUAUUGCCACUCUCGCCGCCUCCUUCAUCGGCGAUCUCGUCCGCCAGAGCGGCCUCGCAGCCAUCCCAGAGCCCCUCAAGAUCGGCGUCGUGCAGACCGCCUACGCCAACGGCGCCAGCACGCACUACAUCAAAAACGACCUGAAGCUCAACAUCACCUGCACUGCCACGGGCGUGAAGCACCUCCACCACGCCGCCGAGUCCUACGACAUCGGCGUCUACUUCGAGGCCAACGGCCACGGCACCGUCAUCUUCUCAGAGCACGCCCUGCAAACCAUCGCCGCCCACGAGGUCAGAUCCCCCGGCCAGCAGUUCCACCUCGAGACCCUCCGCGCCGUCAUCGACCUCAUCAACCAGGCCGUCGGCGACGCCCUGUCGGACGCCCUGCUCGUCGAGGUCAUCCUCGCGCACAAGGAGUGGACCCCCACCGAGUGGCUCGCCACCUACAACGACCUCCCGAACCGCCUGCUGAAGGUGCAAGUCGCCAGGCGCGGUGACUACACAACUGCGGAUGCGGAGCGCAAGCUCGUCACGCCGAGUGGCAUGCAGGCGCGCAUCGACGACGCGGUGCUCAAGACGCGCCAGGGCCGGGCGUUUGCGCGGCCCUCGGGCACUGAGGAUGUGGUGAGGGUGUACGCCGAGGCGGCGACGAGGGCGGAGGCGGACGAUCUGGCGACGAAAGUGGCGGCGAUUGUGAAGGGGUAAGUGGGAGAAGAAGGGGCUUAUGGGGCUUUUUGAGCCUUUUAUGACUAGGAUGAUGUGCAUUUUGGGAGUUUUUAAGGUUAAGGGGCCCCUGGGGCUACGGUAGGGGAUGAAAAAGUGUUUUUUUGUUACUUUUGGUGCUUUUAGUGCUUUUUGUGAGUGAUGGCUGUGACUUCCUGUAGUCGCUGAAUUAGGGGUAGUGGGUUGAGGUGCUGUGGGUGUGGG